AUCACCAGGAAGGAAAGAGCUGUCCUUUUACAAGUUGGCAAGAAAGGUGGCUUUGAACUCCAGGUCUUCAUUCCUGUUUUCUCCUAGACCAAGCCCUCAUUACAUCUGAAAUAAACUAGACUGGCUGCUAGCAAUGCCGCUUCAGUCAGACAUCCUCCGUGAAGUGUGGACAUCAGAUGGUGUAGAUGAGGAACCUGGGAGCCCUCCACAGCAGCAACUUAAUAAGCAGCCACACCUGCAGAAGCAGAAGCCAAAGAAGAAACAGCAGGAGGCUACCAUGCUGGAGGCCAAGCCAAAAAAAACUAGAAUGAAAAAACAGGAGGAAUCAAGCCCUGCAGAUGAGUCAAAUGUACCUCGACAGGAAGACUCUGAAGAUGAAGAUGAUGAAGAAGAAGAAGAAGAGGAGGAGGAGGAAGAGGUAGAAGGCAAAGAUCCACCAAAAAAAACAAAAAGGAAGAUCCACAAAGAUACUCCAUCUGGUGACAUUAAGGAAAGGAAGCCGAAAAGUAAAGGAGACAAAGCUGAACCUGAUGUCAAGACAAGACCUGUAAAAACAUGGAAGAAGGAACCAGCCUCUAUGUUCCAAGUGAAUGGGGAAAAGAAAGACAAAAAAGCUAGAAAGAAAGACGUGAAAGAUAGUGAGGCAGAAGAUUAUUCUGAUUCCAGCACCAAGCCAAUGAAAACUGAGAAAAAUAAGAUGCCAGCUUCCAUUUUUCAGGCUGGGGGAGAAGUCUCCAAGGAGAAGAAAACUAAAAAAAAAGUGCCUCCCACAGCCAUUGAAAAUGAAAGUGAGGAAGAGCUCCCAGAAGCAGCAGGUCAGAAGAACACCAACAAGAAAGGAAAAGCAAAGAAGUUCAAGAAGAAAGGUGAGAGACCACCUUCCCCAGCCACUGAAGUGGACAAUCUGGAGGAUUUUGUACUACGGCCAGCUCCACAGGGAGUGACCAUCAGGUGUCGGGUCACUCGAGACAAGAAGGGGAUGGAUCGGGGCCUCUAUCCUACUUACUACCUUCAUCUCGAUACUGAGAAAAAGGUCUUCCUGCUGGCUGGUCGGAAGCGCAAAAAGAGCAAGACCUCUAAUUUCCUGGUUUCCAUCGAUCCCACUGACUUGUCCCGAGAUGGAGAGAACUUCAUUGGAAAGCUAAGAUCCAAUUUGAUGGGCACUAGGUUUACAGCAUUUGAUAAUGGUAUCAAUCCCGACAGAGCAAAUGCUGAUUGGUCAAACGUGCGUCAGGAGCUUGCAGCUGUUGUUUAUGAUAAUGACGGGCUGCUCAUCAGAUGGAAGAACAGGAUAAUGGACAACUUAAUUGAACUACAUAACAAAGCUCCAGUUUGGAAUGAUGACACCCAGUCCUAUGUGCUGAACUUCCAUGGUAGAGUUACUCGUGCCUCUGUCAAGAACUUCCAGAUUGUGCACAGCAAUGACCGUAACUACAUUGUCCUGCAGUUUGGCCGUGUAGCUGAUGAUGCUUUUACCAUGGACUUCAACUACCCACUUUGUGCUGUGCAAGCCUUUGCCAUUGCCCUGUCCAGCUUUGAUGGGAAGCUGGCCUGCGAAUAGCACAUCAUGCCUACAUGGCACUGAGUCUGUGCCACUAAGGCAAAAACCCUCCUAUCUGAACUAACUGCUUAACUGGUAUUCCUAACUGUUUCCAACACACAACUGGGAAAAAAUACCCUUGCAUAAUCAAUAAGCAUGAAUGCAUAUUCACAGAGUAGGUUUAGUAGGCAACACCAUAUGCACACACAUGUCCUUGGCAUUUGUCUUGUGAAAGAAGCAAUGCUCAAACCCAGCAAACAGCUGCUUUAAGCUGCAGUGUUCUGGAGAGUCCAUGACUCUAGGAAACUAAAAACAAAUCUCCCAAGGGAUAUGGAACCAGCUAAUAGUCUCAGGCUAUCAAAUAGUUCCUGUAUAUACAUACUUAACAAUCAAGACUCUGUUGUUUGGCUCCUUGAAUUCCAGGAGCAUUUGGCUUUUUUAGAUUAUUUGGUGAGUGGGUGGGACUCUUUGAUAAUUUAUAUUUUGCAUGUGGAAUGGAAGCUGGUUUUUCCCCUCUUUACUGAUAAUUAUUGAUAAAAGAGUAACCGGGGGGACAACAUCCAAUUUG